AUAUUAAUCCUACAUGACUUAAAGCCUACGUAGUACAAUUUGUUAAACAGAAAGGAAACGACAAAGCAAAAGUUGUUACAAUUGAAAAGUAGUACGUAGUACGUACUACAACAACCCUAAACUUCAAGGUGCAUGCAGGGAACACAACGGUGCUAGCAGUUCUUCUUGACUUCCAGAGAGCUUCUCGGCAGUUUCCAUAAAAAGGAAUUAAUUGUUGACGGGAUGAUAGUAGGGAUCAAAUAUGGACGGGUCGGUUGGAAUAGGUUAAACAAAAAUGGAUAAAAUAUUCGAUCCGCCUAUAGUUAACACAGAUAAUAAAUGGAUUAAGAGACGGAUAAUGUGGUGUUUUCAUAAAUAAACGAACACAAGCUAAAAAACAGAAUAAACUUAAAACUCUCAGAAAGCAAGAAAUCAUGUAAAAUAACAAGCAACAAAUAUGUAUUUUGAUAAUAUGGAUAUCCAUUUUCAAAAAGUCAAGAUAUGUAAUGGGUCGUUACUUGUAUUCUCAAAUUAUUUUGUCAGCCGUAAAUGAUGGUACUAGUUUGUUUUUCCAACUUCGGAAAAACAGUACCCAACAGGGCCCAGAGGUUGGGCGUGAUAAAUGGAUGAUGCAGUAGAUAUAUAACCAUAACCACUAGAUAAUAUAAGGCAAUUAGUACAUACUGACAAUGGAUUAUGUAGUCAUUGUAGGUGGAUUACUACUUGCCUGGACUUUGCUUCAAUGGGUAGCAAUAAGCAAGAGAGGUAACAAAAAACUUCCACCAGGGCCAAUUCCCCUUCCAUUGAUUGGAAAUUUGCAUAAUAUUCUUGGCGAUCAACCUCACAAGUCACUUGCCAGGCUUGCCCAAAAAUAUGGCCCAAUGAUGGGCCUCAGGAUGGGGCAAAUAACGACAGUGGUAAUAUCUUCAUCAGCCGUGGCAAAACAAGUCUUACAAAAACAAGAUUUGUCCUUCUCCAGCAGAACAAUUCCAGAUGCAAUCCGUACCAAUAAUCACCAUCACCUCUCUGUGGUGUUUCUACCUGUUUGCUCUCUAUGGAGAAGUAUGAGGAAAAUCUUGAAUUCUAAUCUCUUCUCUGGCAACAAGCUUGACGCAACUCAGCAUCUCAGGUCCCAAAAGAUGCAAGAUUUUAUUGCUUAUUGCGGCAAGUGUAGCCAAACUGGCGAGUCAGUGAAUAUAGGCCAAGCUGCUUUCGAGACCAUGCUUAAUUUACUUUCCAAUACCAUUUUUUCCAAGGAUGUAGUGGACCCUUAUGCAAAUUCAGGUAAAGAAUUUAAGGAUAUAGUCUGGGACGUUAUGGAAGAAUGUGGUAAGCCCAAUUUCGCCAAUUAUUUCCCCCUCUUGAAAAGGAUUGAUCCUCAAGGGAUAAGGCGACGCAUAGGCAAGCAUUCUGAUAAAUUGCUACAGCUGAUUGGGGGAUUGAUUGAUGAACGAUUGGAGCAAAGGAGGCAGUUGCCAAAUGGCGGUAGAACAGAUUUUCUUGAAGUUAUGUUAAAUACUAGCGAGGAAGAUCCGCAGGCAUUCGACAGAAAUCAUAUAGAACACUUGUGCCUGGACCUUUUCAUUGCGGGAACGGAUACAACUUCAAGUACAUUAGAAUGGGCAAUGGUAGAAGUUAUGAGAAAACCAUACAUAAUGAAUAAAGCUAAAAGCGAGUUUGCAGAUGUUAUUGGCAAAGGAAAGAUAAUCGAAGAAGGCGAUAUUGGUCGUCUCCCUUAUUUGCAGUGCAUAGUGAAAGAAACCUUGCGGAUGCACCCUCCAGUACCCUUUUUGAUUCGCAAGGUCGAUCAGGAAGUCGAGGCGUGUGGCUAUUUUGUCCCGAAAAACUCCCAGGUGUUAGUGAACGUAUGGUCAAUAGGUCGUGAUCCAGCUACAUGGGAGGAUCCUCUGACAUUUAAGCCUGAGAGAUUUUGGGAUUUGAAAAUGGAUGUUCGUGGCCAAGAUUUUGAACUCAUUCCAUUUGGUGCUGGUAGAAGAAUUUGCCCGGGAUUAACUUUGGCGACAGCGAAACUAUGUACAAUGUUGGGUUCGUUGUUGAAUUCAUUUGAUUGGAAAGCUGAAGGCGAUAUUGCAGCACAAGAUUUGGAUGUAGAAGAAAAGUUUGGUCUUACACUAGCGAGAGCACGUCCUUUACGAGCUAUACCUAUUUCGCUUUAAACGUUGGCAUGUAAUAAUGUUAUUAUUGUGAAGACAUGAGUUAGUUUAGAAUUUUUUUCCCCUCCAAAUGUUGUUAUUGUUGGAUUCUUCUCUCUUUUAAAUAAGGGUACUAUUGUCUUUUGUAUUUGUAUACUCUUUUUUGGAGUAAUUUUGAAUGAUUGACAGGAGUAAUA